CCACCUCCGGCCAGCCGCCGCUGCCGCUGCUACGCCAUUUUUGGAUCCCCCGUCCUCACCCCCUGUCCGCCAGCAGCCGCAGACCUCGCGAUCUCAUCUCGCCGUCGCCUGGAUUGCCAGUUGCAGCGCCCGUUUGGCAGGAGCCUAGAAACACCUAUCUGGGCCCGAAGGAUCCCUCUGAAAUCUGAAUCCACGAUAGCGACAUGAAUUUUGUGUAAUUUUCCUCCAAUUGGGAAAGGGGCGUGCAGCUUCCUUUGUUUUCUUUCGUUUUCAGCCGUUCCUGCGCGUCUGCUCUUGUCCCAUUCAAUCGGCGUCGGCAUGCCCACCGGAGGAGACGCCGGGGGUGGUGGUGGUGGUGGUGGGGAGAAGGGAAGGAGGAAGAAGGUGGAGCUGCUGCAGGAGGCCAUUCAUGGGCUCCUGGAGGAGAAAAGGGGCAAGCAGCGACACCAAGGGGAAGAGGGCGCCAUGGAUCAUGAGGAGGAUCUCUUCCUCUCCUCGUUGCUCUCCAAGUUGGACUCGCUGGAAAACGAUGUCGAUCCGGACGGUGCCGAACCGAGCUCCAUCAAUCCUCACCCGGAGAGCGGCGAGGAGGCGGGGCCAGGCGACGUGGCGAAAGACCUGGGCAAGAUCAAGAGGCAGAACAUGAUCACCCACAUCCUGCUCGGCACGGUGAUGGUGAUGAUCGCCGCGUGGCAGUUCAACGAGGUGUCGUUCCUCCUCGCGGUGCAGAAGAAGCUGACCAACCCUUUCAAGUCCGUCGGGGACAUGGUCAAGAGCACCCUCAAGAUAGGGAAGAAGCCGAUGGCCGAGGCGAUCGAGGCGUCGCCUCUGCCCCCUGUCGGCGCCCCGGACGUUGCUCGGGCUGAUCUGCCGAUGUUGGCCAUCGGCGACGGCGAUAGCUAGAUCCGCAGGAUGAGGAGGGAUGACUCGUGCGGCAGAAAUGCCAUGUGUUCUUCCCUCCAGAUAUUGUUAUGUUGUUCGUCUUGUCUAGAGAUGAGAUUUGUAUGGCCAUGUGCCGGUGCAUGUGUUCUGGGCUGGUGCCGCAAGUAGGAGAAACUGAAUCUAAUUCGGCAUCUUAUGAUCUUUGCACCAUUUGUUACUGGAGUCGACCAUCAUCACCUGAAGAAUGCCUGGGACGGUUGAACCAUCUCUUAGAAACAGCCCUGUAUUUCAGACAAGGGUGAAGUGGAGGAAUGUGUUUGAUUGAUUUCCAUGUGUAGUUUCAGCAAACUCUUUGUACUACUACUGAAGCAAGCGUGUCUGUAGCUGAGCUGAUGUCUGCAGUUACACUUCAUUUCUCCCGGGAA